AUGUCGUGUUGUGACGAUGGUUUCCGAUUGGCCGAAGCACCGUCAGUGUGCUCAAUGAAAAGUAAAGCACAAAUCGAUGCUCUUUUCGAUGAGUUAAGGUCCAUCUGCAGCUCAGCUAAUGGAGGCUGGUAUCCGAUAAUUGCAAACGGAGUUGAUCAUGAUUCAGAGGACAUCAGCUCCGAGGAGCAGAGGAAGAUCAACAACGCUGUCCAGGCUCGUAUCGAGUCGAUGUUCGCUUCUGUGGAGGCCGAAAGCGGAACACCUGGAGAAUGUGCUGCUGCAAUUUUACCGGUGAAAUAUUUGGGAGCUGCUCCAGUUGGCGGGCGUGUGGCUAGCGUUCGUGGUCUUCAGGAACCGCUUCGACAACUACUGGAGCAAAAUAAAGAAUCGACGAACGCUGAAUUAGAAGUAUCCCGUCGGGGUUUAACUUUUCGCAGUGCGGAGCAUUUCGAGAAAAAUAAUCCAUUCCGAAGAAUUGCUGUUUGGAGUGCGUUACGCCUUCGGGCGAGGAAGACAAUAAACGGCGGUGUUCAUCAUGCUUUCAUGCCGCUGGUCGGCGACGAUUCAACAUCAGCCGGAGAUGAGAAGCACUCAGAUCUCUAUCGGACGAUGCGUGGCUUGAAUAGCCAGGUCGAAGGUUACCCGCCAAUCUUUGCGGUUGUCAUGAGGCGACCCGGCGUUGCUCGCCUCCUCGAGUGUCACGCUUUCGCUUGUCUCACCGAAGAGGAUGCUAUCGCAGCCGCAGCCACUCUUUACAGGGCCCUCGUUGCCGAUCUUGACGCCACCAGGAGAAGGCCACGGCAAACAAAUGGCGUUGGUUGUGUUUCUCUUGCCUCGGUUAUUUCAAGCGCACGAGAUCUGAGUCCCGCGAGUAGAAUUAAAAACAGUCGUCGUUCGCCGCCACCACGACCUAUGGCUCCACAUCCGGUUAGGCCGCCAAGGGCGAAGAAGAGUUCCAUCUCAAGUGCUACCGAGGAUGAGACGAAGAAAUCCCUCAUUGUCGAAAAAGUCCCAAGACGAAAGAAACGACUCACUGAAAUCAAUCCAGACGAUAUUUUAGAAGCGCGCAAUCGAAAGUAUUCAGCGGCAAUGAAAAAUGAAAAGAGACGCGACAUCACAAAAGUUGAGGAACGAAUGAAUAAUAAAAAUAAAAUUUACAAUAUGAAAUCUCACUCGGUUAUAGAAAUUCCCCGCGGUCAGUCUGAUGAUGAUAAUAAUCGAAAAUGUAACGAGUACGAGAGAUUUAAUCAAAAAAAUAAAAAUUCACCUCACGAGAAUAAUCAAAAGAAAAUUAACGAAAAUGAGGAAAUCUAUGAGAAGAAUCAGGGAUAUGAUCUUAAUCGGGAGGAGAAUUGUGACAGGGGUAAAUAUAAAACUUCCCGCGAGGCAGAAGUGAAUAAACCUUUGGAGAAAAAGGAUUCGGAGUGUAGGAGUAGAGAGAACUCUAUUUAUGAAAAAAUGUCGAGUAAAAGAUGCAGUCGAGAGAAAUUGAACGAGGAACACUUGAGGGACGCUGAUAAGAUCUACAGCUUGGGCCAGGAAGAGAUCUACACACCCAGGAAACCAGUAAGAACUGAUAUGAAUCAAAACGCAUCUAUUACUAGGAACACAAAGUGCAUUCCACCACAGCAAGAACAUCGGAAUCAAAAGGGUUGCGCAUCUGAGGAAGAUAUCUACUCUUGUCGACAGGCCAACAGAAUUUCCACCAUGGACAAGCCCAUGAAGAAACAACUCCUUCAAGAUCUUAACUCCAACAUUCCUCAAUGUUGUCAGCGAACCAGACGAAGAAGCAGAGCGGGAAGUGAGCCACCAACGAGUAGAUCCGACGAAGCUCUAAAAAGUCUGCAGGAGACAAAAUUAAAAAGAUCGCAAAGCGAUAUUGACGUUGAUAAGGGCGAUUUAAUGACUCGUGUUGAAUUGCCAAGGAGGGGGAGUUUCUUGAAAACGGGAAGUACAAGGCGACCAAAUACAAUUACGGGAGGAACACCGUUAGGAUUUACUGAAUUAUUCGACGAAUUUCGAAAUCAAGAGGGAUUAACAAGUGUCGAUGACAUUCUUGCAACUAUUAUCGAUCCGGAGGGAAUGUCAUUCAACGACUUGAAGCCAUUGUACAAGGAGUUCCUUUUAAAAUUGGCAUCAACCUUGACUCAGGAUGAGUUGUAUCAAAGGUCAGCGAGUAUAAUGAGGAGACGACGUCGUCCCCAGAGGCGUCGGUCAACUAGUCGACCUUCUCUCCUGGGUCGGGCGAUCAGAAGGUCAGUUUCACGACUCAAAGGCGGUCCAAUGGAAUUUACAUCUGUUAUUUUUCCGGCUCGAAAAUUAAAUGAUAGCUUUGGGAGUAGUUCGUCUUGCGAUGUCAGAAAUAAUCAUAGAAAUCGUGUUCUUGCCAGCAGGCUCGGCAAAAGAAGAUCGUCCUGGCGGAAGAAUAAAGGCGCAAUUGGACAAACAACUUCCGAGGACAGCGAUACCUGCAAGAGAUGGAAUCGCAAUAUUGGAGCAAACAGAAGUAGCAGCGGCUACGUGAGUUGCAGUGAAUGUAGUUACGAUUCAGAAACGUGUACCUGUAUCUCGGCAGAUAAAUGCUAUUGCUCUUUAUCGCGAAAACCUCCAGCAGAGCAGGCAGUUGUUUGCUCCUGUGAUACGGACAGUUGUUCGGAGAGUAAUAAAUGCUAUUGUCCCAGUCGUCCCGAUCAGCCAACAAUUUUGGAGCAGCUCCGACAACGUGGAAUAGUUCCCUCGGAGAGUACAAUAAGCCGUGGCGGAAGUUCCGAUCGUGCGAAAACUGCAAGGACCAACAGAAGUAUCGCCUCCUCAAGGAGUCUCGAAUUUCUCAAGAUCAGACCAUCGCCGACUCGAGGAAGUUCCGAUAAUUUAGCGCUCGAUUAUGAUCUCUUUAGUCCAGGAAGAAAGUCCCAACACUCGUCGGACAGUGAAAAAGUGUUGGUGGUAAGCGCGAGGGAUCCACAGGGUCGAUUAGUUUACGUCGGUGGCACUGAGAGACACAAAAAAUCAACGAAAGCUUGUCAGGGAAAAGCCAAUUUACACCACGAGGCACUGUCAAUAAAGAAAAGUGCAGAAAUUGCUGCAAUUUUCGGUGGAAAUGGCGGACGUCUGGGAAGAAAGACAAGUAAUGCAUCUAGCGUGAGAAGUUCAGUUAGUUUGGAAGCUGGAUUAGGUUACUUACCUUAAGACACAAAAAAAAAAAAUUAAAAUACUAUAAUCGAAUACGGGUAUUGAUGCUCAAUUUAAUUUUAACGAUUAAAAUCAAAAAAAGCAAAUUGGAUUCAUUUGUUCUUUACAAGAACAAGUUCUCCUCUUCACAUAGUCUUCUUUUUGGAGAAUAUUGAAAGUUAUUUUUCCAAUUCUGAAAAUUUAGAAUAUUAGUUAAUUUUUAAAUUAAUCUGCUACAAUGAACCUGAUAAUAGUGUGAACGUAAAAUACUCCUAGGGACAGUGCAAUAAUGUUA